AUGAAGUUCGUCAGCGUCAUAGGAGCAUUAUCGGUAUUAUCUUUAGUCAACUCAGAAACGUAUUAUGUUACAAACACGUUCGUGAAGACAGUAUACGGUGGAGUAUCAGAAGCAACAACUGCUGGCGGUGAGCAAACAGUCGUUUCUGAAGCUCCGACACAGAAAAAAGCAGCAACUAGUCAAACUUUGUCUAGUUCUAGUACUCAAGUUCCAACAACGUUAGUAAGCUCCUCUAGCGUGUCUUCUGCAGAAACAUCCCCCGUGGGAACUUCGACAGAAUCAGAGUCAUCGUCCACGUCUGUAUCUGGUUCAGACAAGUCAUUUGCCUCUGCAAUCUUGGAAGCACACAACGAGAAACGAGCAAAGCACGGAGCAGAUGCAUUAACUUGGGAUGAUACUGUUUAUCAGUAUGCCCAAGAUUAUGCAGACAAGUAUGAUUGUUCGGGAAGCCUCAAACACUCUGGAGGUAAGUAUGGUGAAAAUUUAGCUGUUGGGUAUUCAGAUGGACCAUCUGCGCUUGAUGCCUGGUAUGAUGAGGGAAAGAACUACGACUAUUCCUCUGCAAGUUCCUUUGACCACUUUACUCAAGUCAUUUGGAAAGGAUCAUCGCAAUUAGGAUGUGCUUACAAGGACUGUUCUUCUGAGAACUGGGGUAAGUAUAUCAUCUGCUCCUACAGCGCUGCAGGUAACGUUGUGGGACAGGGAAAGAAGAACCUUUCAUCUGAUUAA